CUUACCUUUGGCCAAUAGAUGUAUUGAGGUGGUCACGUCACUUUUGAAUUUCCUCCCGACGACGCAAGGCUAGACGUCGACCAUGAGCUUGGAAUUGGUCUACUUUGACGAAACGUGGCGCGCCGAGUCCAUCCGCCUGCUUUUCGCGUACGGCAACAAGGCGGUUCAAGACACUCGGCUGUCGUUCCCGGCAUACACCGCCGCCAAGCCGACGCUGGGGCUUCCGUUUGGUCAAGUUCCCAUCCUACGCACCCAAGGCAAGACGUACGCCCAGAGCAUCGCGAUCGCCCGCUACGUGGCCAAGGAAGUGGGGCUGUACCCCACGGACAACCUCCUCGCACUCGAAGCCGACUCGGUCGUCGACGCGAUCGUGGAAAUGACCAACGCGUUUGUUGAUGCCGUGCAUUCCACCAAGGGCGACGAGUAUCUCAAGAAGGAAAUCCUCAACAUCAACGACAACAUGUUUCCGCGAAUCCUCGCGGGCCUCGAGGCGCGCCAUGUUGGCCCGUACUUUCUCGGCGACACGAUGUCGUAUGCCGAUAUUUACUGGCUGGACUUUUACCAGCAGAUCUGGAACCCAUCGGCGGCACUCUUGACGUCAUCCCCCGCCGACUUUCCAAAGUUGCUGGCCCUAGUCACCAAGUUGCGCAGCGCCGCCCCGCUGGUCGCGUACUGGGCCAAACACCCCCCCAAACCUUCCACGUCCCACGACUAAGUGCACUGUAAACUUCGGCUACAACUUUAGUAUGUACUACUCCAGAGGAGUUGCAUUAAGACAUAAGGGCUUGUCCAUGUCAUUAUAAUGGUCCCAUACGCUUGAACGACGAUGGAACACUCUCCAACGUUUCCUG